CUUUAAUGGGCCCAGGGUCCAAUAACCCAAUUGGGUUAUUCCUAGACUUUUCUCCUCCUCCUGUUGUCUUCCAAUUUGGUAUGCGAGAAAAAUAAAAUAAAAUAAAAAUAAGCCAAAGACAAAUUUAAACCUCCGAUUUCAACCUUCUCGGCGAAGAAGAAGAAGAAGAAGAGAAAAUGACGAUUUGCAUGUGUUGCGAUUCACAUCUCGUAGCGAAAUCGAUUCUAAAUCCAUGGAAUUCUCCUAGGAUAACGAAGCUAGGUUUCGUACCAGUCGUUCGCCGUUUUCCAGCUACUACUACCGUCAAGGCUUCGGCGGUGGAUUCACCUGAGAGUUCUUCAAAUUUCGCCAAGCGUAUGGAUCAAGCUUGGAUUAUCUCACAGCAACCAAGUCCUGUUGGAUGUUCAUCGUGCAAUUCAAAGGGUCAUGUGGAAUGCAAAUGGUGUGCGGGUACAGGAUUCUUCAUCCUUGGUGAUAACAUGCUUUGCCAGGUUCCCUCAAGGAAUACUUCAUGUGUAAUCUGCUCUGGACAGGGUUCUGCUAGCUGUAGCGAUUGCAAAGGAACGGGGUUUCGUGCCAAGUGGUUGGAAAAACCUCCAGUGCCAACAUAACUGAUGAACAAAAGCAAGUUAAGCUUUUUGGUCUUUGAUGAUUUCUUAUGGAGGAAAAAUGUUUAUAUAUUGAUUCAAGUGGAACAUGAAUCAGAUAUGCAUAUAUCUUUAUACAUGUGUUAAGUAUAUAUAUGUAAGUUCAUUUAUUCAUUUCCCCUUGUUCUGUCUGUACAACCAAAGGCCUACACAAGAGUUCUUGUAAUCGACACGUGAGUUUUACGAUUUCGAUCAUUGGAGUAGCUCAACGGAAGAACAUUAGUAGCACAGGGUCACCUUCGUAUUUCUUUUGAUAUUUUCUCGUUGUAGGGUUAAAUCAUGUGCAUCUUCCUUACCCUUGAUGAAUCUGGAUAUGGCGUUUCUCUAAUAGAAUUGCGAUUAUCAUCAUCUUAGAUACAGUUUGUGCCUAACAAAUCCAACCUAAGCUAGUUACUUAAUCAUUUUCUUUUGGGGAAGUGAAAAUGGCAUUUGAUUUCAG